AUGAAAGUCAAACAUGUAUCCACCAAGCGUAAGGCCUCCAGCUAUAGCUCUCUUGGCCCAUAUGGCUGGUCACAAAACCUCUCCCUCCCGUUGGAUCAGUCACAGUUUCGCUCCAAAUCCAAGCCGCCCAUAAAAACACCUGUCAAGGUCAAGAAGACCUUUGGCUGGGGCAACUUCUACCUCAACAUCAAAACCAUCAAGUUCAGCCUGCUGGUGACGGGUAAGAUAGUGGACCACAUCAACGGCACCUUCAGUGUGUACUUCCGCCACAACUCAUCCCGCCUGGGGAAUAUCUCGGUGAGCAUCGUUCCUCCCUCCAAAGCCGUGGAAUGGGAGGAUGUGGGACGCCCGAAACUCCAGUUCCAGAGUCAGCCGCAGUCCACCCCCAAUGAGCACCAGCAGGAGAUGAAGGCCCUCAACUGCGUGGUGGAGUACCAGAGGACCAACAGAGCCAAGAAAACAAAGCCAUGCCUCUACGAUCCCUCCCAGACCUGCUACUCAGAACACACCCAGUCUCACGCCGCUUGGAUCUGUGCCAAGCCCUUCAAGGUCAUCUGUGUAUUCAUCUUUUUUCUCAGCACCGACUACAAACUGGCACAGAAGGUCUGUCCAGACUACAACUUCCAGGCUGAUCUUCAGCACUUUGGAAGACGAGGAUAG